CAGCCCAGAGCUGGUCUCGCUAGGCAGCGGCGCUUGUGCCUGGAACCCACCUAGAGCGGCCUCUGUCCCGCCUUAGCCAUGGCUUCGCUGCGCACCGCCGACCCCGCGCUGAGGAAUUACUUCAAGGAGAACUACAUUCCUCAAGUCUGCGAGGCACUUUUAUGUGGUUUAAUUAUUACCCGUCCUGAGGAUCCAUUGAAAUAUUUAGAGGAAAUGAUUAUGGUUAUCAUUGAAAAUGGCCUGGAAAGUCUUCUUUGGGAUAUGUGCAUUGACCCAUCAUUGAAACUGAAACUUCGAAGAUUGCCUGAAACUUACCUUGAACAACUUUUUGGACUGGAUGAACAGCUGAUGACUCCAGAAUUGAUGACGAAAGCAUGCACUUUUUACAUGGGACGUUUAGUAAAGACCCAUUUUUGUGCAUGGAGAGAAAUGGUAAGGCCUCAUGUAAGUGAAGAAGACAUACUGGCUGAAAAAAUGAAAAGAGCAACAGAACAUUAUAAUUCCGGCGUUCAAAGAGCCUUAUUUCAUCAAUGGCGCUCCUAUGCUGAAAAGAAUAGACAAAAAGUUGAUGAUGCAGUACAGAGGAUGCAGCACAUACUCCAUUAUCACAAGCUAAAAGUUAUCCUCAGGAAAUGGAAGAAGCAAGCAAGAUACAUACAUCAAAAGAGAGAAGAAGACCUGCUAUUACAACAUGAAAUUGAAUUGAAAAAAUGGAGAAGUAAGUCAGAAUUGAAAAUGGCUGAAGAAAUUGCAGAGGAAUCUAUUUCUCUUGAGCGAAGUUUGUCUGAAGUCUCUCUUGUAGAUGACACUUCACAAUGUGAUAUUUCACUGUUACCUGAAAGAGCAGUAUUAAAGAUUUUCUUGUACCUCACUUUACGAGAUGUGAUAGCAUGUGGUCAAGUUAACUACUCCUGGAUGUCGAUGAUACAAAUGAACUUGCUGUGGAAUGCGAUUGAUUUUUCCACAGUGAAAAGUGUGAUUACAGAGAAGUUCAUAGCGUCUACUCUGCAAAGGUGGCGUCUAAAUGUGCUGCGUUUGAAUUUCCGUGGUUGUGUUUUCCAAACAAAAACUUUGAAGUCUGUCAGCCACUGUAAAAACUUGCAAGAACUGAAUGUCUCUGACUGCCCAACACUCACAGAUGAAUUAAUGAGAUACAUUUCUGAGGGCUGCCCCGGAAUCCUGUAUCUCAACCUCUCUAACACAGCCAUCACCAACAGGACGAUGCGACUCCUGCCCAGGCACUUCCACAACUUACAGAAUCUUAGCUUGGCUUACUGCCGAAAGUUCACAGACAAAGGUUUACAGUACCUGAACCUGGGGGACGGAUGCCACAAGCUCAUCUACCUGGACCUUUCCGGCUGCAUCCAGAUUUCAGUCCAGGGCUUCAGGAAUAUUGCGAACAGCUGCUCUGGAAUCGUCCACCUGACUAUAAACGACAUGCCCACCCUAACGGACAACUGUGUGAAAGCUUUAGUGGAGAAGUGCCACUCUAUUGCAUCAGUGGUUUUCAUUGGUUCACCACAUAUCUCUGAUAGUACUUUCGACGCUCUUUCUACGUGUAACCUCAGGAAGAUCCGAUUUGAAGGAAAUAAAAGGAUCACUGAUGCAUCUUUCAAAUUUAUAGACAAGAAUUAUCCAGAUAUCAACCACAUUUACAUGGUCGACUGCAAGGGAAUAACAGAUGGUAGCCUCAAGUCACUCUCACUUUUGAAGAAACUCACUGUGUUGAACUUGACAAACUGUGUAAGGAUUGGUGAUACAGGACUGAAGCAAUUUCUUGAUGGUCCUUCAAGUAUCAGAAUAAGAGAGCUCAACUUAAGUAAUUGCGUGAACCUGAGUGACAUCUCUCUUGUGAAACUCGCCGAGUGCUGCCAAAAUUUAAACUACUUGAGUUUACGAAAUUGUGAACAUUUGACGGACCAAGGAAUUGAACAUAUUGCAAACCUCUUUUCUUUGGUAUCACUGGAUCUCUCUGGAACAGUCAUUUCUAAUGAGGGAUUGACAGCGCUUUCCAAACAUAAGAAACUGAAGGAACUUUCUUUAUCUGAGUGUUAUAAAAUUACCAAUGCUGGAAUUGAGGCAUUCUGCAAAAGCUCCCCGAUCUUGGAGCAUCUGGAUGUCUCCUACUGUCCCCAGCUGUCCGAGGAGAUCAUUAAAGCGCUGGCCAUUUACUGCAGGGGCCUCACUUCUCUCAGCAUCGCAGGCUGUCCUCAGUUCACAGACUCCGCGAUAGAGAUGCUGUCUGCAAAGUGCCAUUACCUGCACGUUUUGGACAUCUCUGGAUGCGUGCUGCUCACCGACCAGAUCCUCAGUGACCUCCAGCGGGGCUGCAGACAGCUCCGGAUCCUCAAGAUGCAGUACUGCAGGCAGAUCUCCACGGAGGCGGCUCUCAGAAUGUCGUCGGUCGUGCAGCAGCAGGAGCACAGCUGUGAGGAUCCCCCACAAUGGUUUGGCUACGACUGGGAAGGCAAGCCCCUGAUGGAAGAUCAGGCUCUGACGACAGCCAAGGAUGACGCCAACUACACGGUCAGAGUCCCCAAACACAGGUGAAAAGGAAGUGGUGUGACCUUCCGCCUCCAGCAGGAGAAACAAAAUAUCCAGAACUUGGCGACCUUUCUUCAUCUGAUGUAAGUAUUUCUACGAGUUGGACCCACAGGCAACAUAAAGAACAGCAAAUCCUCUUCUGAUUUUUACUGCUGCUACAAGUGUUU